UCUCUCUCUCUCUCUCUACUCUCUCCUCUCUCUAACACGGCGGCAUCAAUGGCCGACCCCUCCUCGUCGCCACCGCCACCGCCACCGCCUCCGAACCCUAACCGCCUGCUCCCGCCGCCGCCGCCCGGCUCCGAGCCGCAGCCGCCGCUGCCGCCGCAGCAGCCCCGGAUCCUCUUCUCGUUCCCGAAGAGGCCGGCCCUCCGGGUCACCUCCGAGUACGACAGCGACAGCUCCGUCUUCCUCCACAAGGUCUCCUGCAAGCUCCUCGACGGCCUCGCCAAGCUCAAGCUCUCCUUCGGCAACGACAAGAGGGGCGAGAUCACCCAGCCCCAGCUGGCCUUCGUCUCCAAGCACCUCUCCAUACACUACGACGUCGAGGAGCAGAACGCCCUCGUCAAGUCCUCGUUCGACGUCGGGCCGAGGUUGCAUCUCAAGGCCGCGCGCGACGUCAAGGCACAAGAAGGAGAGGUGUCCCUGGUUGCGGACCUUGCCGAACCCGGUUAUGCGCUCGAGCUGUCGUCUCCUGUACCUACCGUGGGAUUGCCAAGGGCAACACUAAAGUUCCCUCUUGGUGAAGUCUCACUGGAAGAAAGAGAAGAGGAGGAAGUGAAGAGAACGUUGUCAGUAAGUGGGAUUCUUAAAAGUCAAAUCUGGAAUGGAGUGUGCACUGCCCAAUAUGCAGAGGAAGAACUGAAACUAAGAUAUUGUUUUAAGGAUGAGGAGAUGUCAUUUAUCCCAACCAUUACUCUGCCUUCAAAUGCUCUGUCGGUUGCGCUCAAGCGUAGAUUUAGUCCUUCUAGCAAGUUGAGCUACUGGUACAAUUUCGAUUCCAAUUACUGGAGUGCAGUUUACAAGCAAACUUAUGGCAAGGAUUUCAAGUUUAAGGCUGGGUACGAUUCGGAGGUCCGCCUAGGUUGGGCAUCUCUUUGGGUUGGAGAUGAAGACGGCAAAGCGAAGACAGCGCCAAUGAAGAUGAAAGUUCAGUUCAUGCUCCAAGUGCCACAAGACGACAUUAACUCAUCACUCCUGAUGUUCCGUGUUAAAAAGAGGUGGGAUAUAUGAUCAGCUGUGUUGGACGAGAGGGUGUCGCAGUGCAAGAAUGCGCCACUGCCAUGCGUGUUCCGUAAGGUAGUGCAAUUUAUGUAUCACCUGCUGUCAUGUCCAUAUUUCCUAAAUGAAAGAGGUUUACUGUUAUCCAAUCUCAUGUAUCUUACAUCAAAUUAGCCAUCCGUUGACAUAAAUCUGGUGGUUGCAGCAAUUUAAUCAUUUAAAGCGUCCUUCACAGGCUACGACGGAUAAAA